CUUUGACUGGAUUACUUCAAAGAAAAAUGGCUCAAAUAUAUCCAACAGUUAAAAAUAACCUAGUUGCCGAAGUAAUCAAUGAAAUCAUAAACGAGAUGGACGGCAGGUUUAACGAUUUCGAGGCUAAUAUUUUGUAUGCGGAGAGCACUGUUCUGGAUCCCAGGUUCAAAGGACGCGCAUUUAAAUCUACGGAGGCCUUUAAAAAGUCAGUAGCGGAUAUCAACAAAAAAUUGGCUCAAACGAUACGGUCACUCCCUGAACCUCCACAAGAAGCUAUAAGCAACAAAAAAAAAGAAGAGGACACAAUAUGGGCUGAAUUUGAUACCACUUUUCAGCAAGUAAGCCAACCCACCAACAAUACGGCAGCAUCCAUAAUAGAAAUGGAUAAGUACCUGGCUGAGGAGUACAUCAGCCGAAAAGAUGAUCCAUUGGUAUGGUGGAAUCAGCGGAAAGCGCAAUACCCUCUACUUUAUAACUAUAUGCUGAAGCGCCUCUGCUUAGUCGCCACCUCAGUGCCAUGCGAGCGCAUAUUUUCAAGUGCAGGCGAAACCAUACGUAAAAGGCGCUCCCUUUUAAAGUCAACAACCGUUGAAAAUUUAAUUUUUUGCAUAACAACAUGUAAAUCGGAACGCUAAAAUGAAGAAAACGAAAAGUAUAAGAAUUCCUAUGAAAGGAUCUCCUUUUUUUUAAGUUAGUAUAAGAAUUCCU